AUGUUUCCUUCUAUUAAAUACUCAGCACUGAUUGCCACUGCACCAGAUGCAAUAAUAAUGAUCAAGGAGUUUCCCAAUAAAAGAGCUAGAUUUGAAGCUGAGAAGAGAAGCAUGGAAGUAGAUACUGAAAUAAUCCCAACGUAUCAAUCCCAUUCUGUGGAAGCAAUGGACGGUCAGGCCAACUCACCUAUUUCAGAUGCCGUCUCAAUAUUUGAUAAUGACGUCUUUGUUGGUAAUGACUACAAUGGUGAUGAGUCUGAAAUAACCGAUGACAAUGACAGUGAUGACAAUGGCAAAGAAGACACUGCCAAGAUUUAUGUUGGAGAAUUUAACAAUGAGGACCCUUUUGCUGCUUCUGGUAUGCCUGAGAAUCCAGUGCACAGAUUUAUUGCUACUUUUACAGUACUGUUUGCAUCUUGUUACGUGGUCAAUAAGGGUUCUGCUGUUUUGAUUGAGUUCAUCAACGAGCUCUUGAAGAUUUAUGAACAAGAUUUCCAACUUCCUGAAAGUCUGGCUGGGCUACAUAAAAUAACUGGCUUUUUGUCUAUCACCAAAGGCAUCAAGCGAUUUGUGUCAUGUCUAAACUGCCAUUGCAUCUAUGAAGAAAACAUGUCUGUACCUCCCCAUUGUGUUUUCACAAAUGUUGGUGCACACUCUCCUUGUGGUUGUAAGUUGAUGAAAGAGUCAACUUCAGAUGCACUGGUAUCAAAGCAAGCAUACUUGUAUCAGUCCCUCAAGCAAGCUUUGUCUGUUCUUUUCCUUCAUCCUGGUUUUGAAGAGCAAAUCCGUCACUGGAACAUAGAGCUUAAGAUUGUCGAUACUAUGUGUGACGUAUACAAUGGAGCAAUGUGGAAAGAGCUGAAGGAUGCAAGUGGUGUCUCGUUUGUUGCUUGUCCUUGCUCAUUGAUGUUGACACUUAACAUAGACUAG